CUCCAGAAGCGAGGGAAAACCCUCUUCCCAUUCCCAUUCCCCAAAUGUGCUCACAGAAAGAGAUGGAAACCCACGCCGGCCUGGUCUCCGACGGCGGCAACCCUGCUCCGACGAAGCCGGGGAUGGACGAACCACGCGCCGGCGCCGAUGCCGCUGAAGCCCCCUCCUUCGCCGGCCCCGACGCGCUCCCCGUCCCCCAGCCGUGUACGGUCGCCGGCGCGAGGAAGCGGAAGGCCCCGGCGACGGCCAAGGUAGUCAGGAAGGCUCACAAGCCGCAGGUUGAAGUUGAAGAACCAAUUCAGAUGCCUGUGUACUAUGGACGUAGAGAACCGUUUUCCCGCGUGCGUGGCAACGAUUUGGAAAACAAAUGUGCCCACUUAAUUGGCGAGCUACCGCUGCAGCUACAGUCCAUGUCAUUGGUGGAUCUACAGCUCUGGAUCUUCAGGCUGUUCCGGCUCCAUCCAGAAACACAAGAUCUCGGUAUCAAGGGGUUCCUCAAGCAACGCAAAACUGAUUUCUUUGACGAAGAGUCCUCCGAACCGGACUAUUCUUUGGAGGACUACCCGUGGGGCAUGCAUGAGUUUUUGACUGACAAAUGCUGGAGUUCCUUUGCAAAUAAAUUGAAGAGUAAAAAACAUGUGACGCAGAAGUUCAUGUUGUAUGUGCAAUCUUCUGAGGUCAAGCACUACGACAUUUUGCUCAAAGCCGUACAUGAUGAUUACUCUCAACUGGCCACGGUUAUGUUGCCUGGGAUGGAGUUCCUGGCAAGUAGUCGCUACGCCUUCCGUGACCUUGUGGAUGAUCUGACGAUGACAGCUAAGGAAUUGGUACAUUAUCUCACUGGACCCUUAGGCGAGAAGAUUAGUCCCGCUGAGGCGUGGAGGGCAAGACAGUUUGCUCUGGAGAGGGAAUUCAGCACCUUUUAUGAUUCACACAACUUUGCCCCGAGGUUGCUUAAGGAAAUAGCACGCAAGAACCCUGGUUGUUUUGUUGACAUCAAGGAUGCAGAGGUUGCAGACUGUAAGGGUUUCCGAGUCCUGCACCGUAUGUUUUGGGCAUUUGGACAGUGCUUACAGGCCUUCCGUACCUGUCGCCCUGUGCUAUGCAUCAAGGGCACACCACUAUGUGGGAAAUAUCAAGGGAUGUUGUUGACUGCUGUGGCAUCGGAUGCUAAUGAUUUUUCCAUUCCAGUAGCAUGUGCUAUAGUUGAGGGUGAGACCAAGGAAAGUUGGUUGUGGUUUCUUAGGAAUUUGGAGCGAGCAGUGGUGCAUCAGUCUGAUGUGUGUCUUAUACACGACUACAAAAGGGAGUUGAUUGAUGCUGUGGAAGACCUUCUGAAAUAUCAAUAUCGACAGUGGCGUAAAGCAGAAAGCCGGUGGUGCAUGGAAGACCUUGCUGAAAACUUCUUUGCGUAUUUUGGCGACAAGAAGCUGCUGCUGAUUUUCAAGAGACUUUGCCAGCAGAAGCGACGCCAUAAGUUUGGUAAAAUCUGGAAGGAGCUAGACGAGUUAACGUCGACAUAUAUGGCAGAGAAAGAACGUGGGGCUAGUGGGGAAAUGCAGCAGGAAUCAGUCAAGCAUGAUGUGGCAGAGCUUGAGGCGCAAAGCCCAUGUAACCAACAUGAUUAUGUGAAGGAUGUGAAGGAAGAUCAUGCCGAUGACACCAAAGGGAAGAUAACAAAGUUCUCUGAUUGGAUCAGUCUGAAACCGAAGGAGAAGUGGUCACUGGCAUAUGACAGAGAUGGAGCAAGGUAUGGCAUCAUGGGCAGUGAUAUAGCUGAUAUAUAUAAGAAUGACCCUGUAUUGAAAGGGAUCACAUGCCUUCCUCUCAGUGCGAUAGUGGAGGUAACAUUUCGGCGCUUGGUAAAGUACUUCGAGAACACAAGUGCUGCAGCAAACAAAGCAAUUGGCAACCCAUCAAUUAACUUCCCGGAACGUGUCCAGGUUGACAUGAAUUCCAAAAUGCAGAAAUCCGAGACGCAUACACUUACGUAUACGUAUGCCGAUGAGAAGAAUGCUCGUGGUGAGGUAUUGGAUCGGAAGUUUACAGUUAAGGGAAGGAAGAGGGAGGUGACUGUUCACCUGAAGUCGGAAUAUACCCUCAGCAGGAAUAAGUCUGAAGGAUCCACAGUUGAAAAAACUGCCACCUGUUCAUGCAGCAAGCCGCAGCUACUUCACAAGCCUUGCUCUCAUGUUAUCGCCAUCUGUUGUAAGAUUGGGGUUAGCGCUGCUACAUACAUGUCCCCAUACUACAGCCUGCCCUACUUAGGUAGGACUUGGAGUGUUAAUUUUGAUGAAUCUAAGAUCUCACGCGACUACAGAAAUAUCAUGCUGUUUGGAUGCACGACUACCUGGAUCCCAGACAAAAGAUUGGAGUGUGGUCUGCCUGCUUUUGUAACAUCCGACUGCCUAGCAACUGUCAUGGAGGAGUUAGAGCCACAAUGCAGCACUGGAAAUGUAUCAACUGAAGACAAUCAAGGAUCGACAACACGCUUAGAAGAACCUAAUCAAAUUUAAACUUCAGUUAUCAACUAACUAAGUUAUUCAUAUUUUGGAGCCUAAAUAUGCACUAGUUGCUGUCGAGCUUAUCCUCUGUAAACUCUGAAUCUCUAUGUUAUCUGCAGUCUCGAACUAAGUUAUUCUUAUUUUGGAGCCUAAAUAUGCAGUAGUUGCUAUCGAGCUUAUCCUCUGUAAACUCUGAAUCUCUAUGUUAUCUGCAGUGCUUCCCUA